AAUCAAUGACAUGACAUUAAAUUAUUGUAUUAUACGGCAACAUUAAAUAGCCAAUGUCAUUCUGUCAAGUUAUCUAAUAAUAUCUAUCUAUUGACAUUUGUCAAAAUAGUUACUUAGCUAGUUAGUAGAUCAAAAAGCUUGUGUACAUGAAUGUCCGUGUAUAGAAAUUGUGAUAAUUAUGAAAAAAAUACCUUAAGAAAAUUUAUAAAAUGAAAAAUCAUAAGAGAAAUAUUUAUACAUACAAAACAAAGUAAAUCACAAACUAGCAGUAUGGUUGCGGAGGGCAGGGUGAUGGGUCGUCGCUUUGUGCUAACCCUGGUGAUCGGAAUAUCCGCCGGUUUUAGUUUUGCGUACAUUCUGCUAACCUCGGCCGGAUUCACGCGGGAAGUAGCUUGGUCCACCUACAGGGAAUCAGCGCGUGACCUUGAUAAACAUCCAAUACCAAGUGUCCUAGAUCAUGGCAGCGAAGAGCCAGCACACAGAGACGAGGAUAGGUCGGUGGCUGAUGAACUGGCAAAACGUGUGAGAGUGCUUUGCUGGGUUAUGACGCAACCCAACAACCACAGGAAGAAGGCCAUGCAUGUGAAGGCGACGUGGGGAAAGCGAUGCAAUAAAUUGCUUUUCAUGAGCACUACUGAAGAUAGUUCGUUACCUGCCGUGAAACUACCAGUGUCAGAAGGCAGGGAUUAUCUCUGGGCCAAGACGAAAGCUGCGUUCAGAUAUGUUUAUGAACAUCACAGGAGAGACGCUGAUUGGUUCUUAAAGGCUGAUGACGAUACGUAUGUGAUCGUUGAGAAUCUCAGAUACAUGCUUUCGGAACAUGACAGCAGAGAUCCGAUAUAUUUUGGAUGUCGCUUCAAACCUUUCACUGCGCAGGGUUACAUGAGCGGCGGAGCGGGUUACGUCCUCAGUAGAGAAGCGUUGGACAGGUUCGUGAACAAAGGCUUGCCUUCGCCUCAUCUCUGCAAGGCAAGCGACCAUGGGGCAGAAGAUGCUGAAAUGGGUAUAUGUUUACAACACAUCGGCGUGAAGGCGAUGGACUCGCGAGACUCGUUGCAGCGCGGUCGGUUCUUCCCCUUCGUGCCCAAAGACCACUUGUUCCCCAACAAGGACAAGGGCUUUUGGUACUGGCAGUACAUUUACUACCCAACUGACGAGGGUCUGGACUGUUGUUCCGACCACGCGGUAUCAUUCCACUACGUGGACCCAGAGCAAAUGUACGUACUGGACUACCUCAUUUACCACUUAAGGCCUUUCGGCAUCAGCUACGGAGGUGGUCAUCUGCCCAAGAACGACACCAGGGUCACUGAAGGACGGUAAGACAUUCCUAUGCUAGUCAACAUACCAAAUUUUAAAUAUACAUAUAUAAUUAGUUUUGCAAAAUGCC